AGAGGAAAAACUGUAAUUACUACAACAUAGGUGUGGCGGGCAUUUAUAGCAGAACAAGGAUGGUCAGAAUGCCAAUUGGUUGUACAACAUAUAGCCUAACGAUUUGCAUCAGGCAUUUCACAUGGGACCAUUAUGUUUUGUAACACCCAAUGGCCUUACUAAAUGUUCAUCACUAUGACUAUGAAGUUGUCAACCAAAUCCAGCUGAUGAAUACUAAUGAUAAGUCAUUGCUGAAGUUUUUGCACUUGAAAAAGAUUCCAUCUUUCUGCAACACAUUUUGUUCUGUUUCAAGAAGAUGAUGUAAAUAAGGUUUAUGUAGUUUUCUAAAGGUUGUUGCAUACUUUACUUAUUUGUCAAGAUGGGUAAUUUGGAAGGGGCGUCGUUUGCUGAAACACCAACAUGGGCCGUGGCAACUGUCGUAGCUGUUCUGGUGAGCAUUGGUUUCUUGAUUCAUGGAAGUUUGAAGAAGUUUGGAAAGUGGUUGCAUAGGACAAAGAGGGAACCUCUGUAUGCUGCACUAGAGAAAAUCAAGGAAGAGCUUAUGGUUUUUGGACUGCUAUCACUGCUUAUGGGGCAUUGGAUCGUUUAUAUUGCAAAGAUUUGUGUCAAAUCGUCAGCAGUGAGCAGCCACUUUUAUCCCUGUUCUCCGCCAAGAAACAAGAUGAAGUCAGCAAUUACAAGAUUUGCUUUAUCAGGUUCUUCAUACUCGAAUUUCUCAACAUCAAGGCUACUGUUAAGCAGUGGACAUGAAGAUUUUUGUCCUGAGGGUCUCCAAUCGUUUGCUUCAAAGGAGAGCCUGGAGCAGCUCCAUCGCUUUUUGCUUGUCCUCGGUGUUAGCCAUGUAUCUUAUAGCUUUUUUGCCAUUGCCCUGGCAAUGAUCAAGAUAUAUAGUUGGAGAACAUGGGAGAACUAUGCCAAGUCGAUUGCUCUUCAAAGACUAAAAGGUUCUGAAGAAGCUGUCCCAAACAAUACGAGAAUGGGACGUCUAUCAACUUUUACUUUUCACCAAACCACUCAUCCAUGGAGCCAGCACAGAGUUCUUGUUUGGCUGCUUUGUUUCAGCCGCCAGUUCUGGAGUUCUAUAAAUGAAGCUGACUACAUGGCUUUGCGCUUGGCUUUUAUUACUACUCAUCAGCUGCCAUUAACUUAUGAUUUCCAUAAGUAUAUGCUUCGAAGCAUGGAGGAAGAAUUUCGUGAUAUUGUUGGCAUAAGUGUUCCACUAUGGAUUUUCGUCAUACUUUGUGUAUUUUUAAGCUUUCAUGGCACAAAUAUCUACUUUUGGAUCUCCUUCUUUCCAGCUAUCUUAAUCCUUUUGGUUGGUACCAAGCUUCAUCGCGUGGUGGUCAAGCUGGCAGUUGAAAUCAUUGACAGUAGUCCAUUGGAAGGAUUUCAUCAGUUCAACCUUAGAGAUGAGCUCUUCUGGUUUGGGAAGCCUAGAUUUCUGCUGCGGAUAAUACAAUUUGUAUCAUUCCAGAAUGCAUUCGAGAUGGCAACAUACAUAUGGUCACUGUGGGAAAUUAAGGGAUCUUCAUGUUUCACAGACAAUCACACAUUUCUUGUGAUUCGCUUGUCAUUUGGGGUUGUUUCUCAAUUCUGGUGUAGCUUUGUCACAUUUCCGCUCUAUGUUAUUGUUGCUCAGAUGGGUUCGAGAUACAAGAAGACCAUUGUUUCAGAGAAUGUUAGGACUUCGCUACAUGGAUGGCGACACAAGGUGAAAACUAGACUAGAAGGUUCUGUUGUUUCUCCAGAAAUAUUGUUAGCAACCACAUCAUUAGAAUCCCUGGCGGAGGAUGAGGUAGAUCAAAUUCAUAGCAUUGCUACUAUCAGCACAGAGGUGUUUGCUGAGAGUACAGUUGAGUCGAAACAACGAGUCCCUCUUGAGCAAAGUUGUACCAAUGAGAUCUCAGAAUGUGAUGAGUUACAUAUUCCACUUUCUCCUAGAAAUCAUGGAGAGGUUUGAUCAAAACAAUGAUGAGAUGAUAUAGUUUCGCUCCUUAUAUUACAGAAACCACAACCUUAGACAUACUAAUCAACUUGUUCAUCUUGCUUUUGUCCAAAUUUUCCAGGCUAUAUAUAGAUGCAUCUUUUUUUUCUCUUCAUCAGCCAUUCAAUCGCAGUGCGGUGUUCUCAAAAAGCUUAUUUUGUUGUCCAUCCAGUUCUUGGCUGUCUAUUUAAGAAAAUCUUUAUAUGAACAAUUAUAAAUUACUCC